GUAACAAAAUUUUGAACAGGCGGAUCGCAUUACGUUCUCAAAGCUGACCUUGGUUUACUUUGUCUUCUCCCUCGUCCACUGCAUCCUCCAGGUCGUCCUCCAAGUCCAAUCAUUCACGGUCAACAUGGAAGGAGCGCGCUUCCUUAACAAUAUCAUCAUCAAGGGCAACGCGACGGAAUCAGGUUUUACCGUAUAUAGCGGAAAUGACCUCCGCCUCUGUGACAGUGUCCCGAACACCGUGGAUGCGAGCUCUUGCUCUGUGGUGUGGAGCAGUACUCGUAACGGCUCUCUCCCAAGUUCCUCGAACACAAGCGCACAGAACGUUGCUGAAGCUUUGAGCAGCUUGUCGUCCUCGUCGCUCAUAAGCCUAUCCACCAGCUUGACAAGCGCCAGCGCUUCUGUGCGCCUGAGUUCUUCGACCUCGGUCACUGCUUCGUCGACUUCCUUGGCUUCGUCUACAGCUGCAAACGCUACAUCAGUGUCUUCUAUCAGGGUAUCUCCAGCAGCCUUGGUGUCCGACUCUCCAAGUGCAACGAGCUCAAAGCCUAAGAGCACUGUUACUGUCACUGUUUCACCCACAAUCUCGAACGCAUCGCAGUUCAAGGACGCCAUUCAAUUUACUACCGUCGCUGCUACUCGGACAGUGACGGUUACCUCGAAAGCAUCUACUGCUGCAUCUACGUUGGCACCGGCCAAAGCUGACGGUGGCGAGAACGAUCUUGAACUUCAGGACAAAACAGUCACUCAUGAAAAGGUAUGAGGAGGAUCACACCAAGUUUUUCAUCUGCUAACAGCUAAGCCAGAGAGGUGGCGGCGGUCCAGAGAUCUCUGUCGCGCUUGCGUCGAAUGGUAGUGCACAAGUUCAGAUCGAGGAUCUCCCCGGAAUCGGCAAGGUCACCCUAAGUGAGACUUGCCUGGUGGCCCUGAAUUGGCCUGUGUCAAAGUACGGAUGCUUCAGAAGCUCACAUUUCUGAUGACUGAGCGGUUCUCUGGUAUUCAGGGUGGACAAUACCAAGCGCGAGGAUCUUAUGUUUAUUGGCUAUUCGAUUUGGGUCCUUGGCAUGUCCAUUGUCGCGAUCCUGAACGAAUCGCCUCCUCAUAUGUGAGUCUCUGAGCUUUGGCCG